UGUAGUGUAAAAUACUUAAUAAUAUUUCUUUGUUGCAAGUUCUACACUGAGAUUAGUCAAGAAGUUUUUGACUGGAGGACUUCACGUCUGAAAAUUGUCCCCAAAGUCAGGAAAGUUUAUGUGUUACCUCUGAGUUAGCGUGCUAAUACCGAAAACAAAAUUGGCUAUUACUAGUUAUUGAGUUUAUACUGUUCAAGAGAUGCUUAUGACAUCGACCCACAUGCAAGUCUAUAUCACUACAAUUUGUAUACAAUAUUUAUUUUCUCCUCUCCGUAAGACAAUAAUUGUAUUUUGAAUUUGUUGAACAAAAAAAAUAUGGGGUUCACUAUCAAGGUAACCAUGUAUAUCUUUACUAACCUAAUGAUACCAAUUAAAAGUCAAGGUCUUGGUGC